UAAUGCCUCCUCUAAACCCAAAUGAUGGUCCUAGACGUUCAUUGGAAUCUUCUCAAUUAUCUGAGAGGGAGAAGAGUCAAAUUAUCGAAAAUCCAUUCCGAACUGCUGGCUUUUCUUAUGCAGAUUCUUUUUCUUACACAAAGGAUGGCAGCACCGAGUAUGUGAAUCCACGUUUUUGUCGUCCCUUUCCACCUUUAUCAUCAAAUGGGAAUGUGUCUAUUUUUACUAAAACGGAACAAAAACUUGCUAGGUGGGUAUUUGAAUUAUUAAUUACUCUAAAUUUUAAACUUUUAUUGCCUUUUUGGGUUAACUAA